ACCUUCGCAUAUAUGUUAAAUUAAUAAUAAUUUUUAGGAAAAAAUAUCAAAGCUUUUCGUUUUUAAAGCAAAAAGAUAUGUUCAAAUAAGAAAGUGCCAACGCUAAAGCUAACUUUAAAAAAGUGGAAUAAAAAAUAAAAAACAGCUUAAUAAAGAAAGAAGUCCGCCGAAGACAAACCGCACCAGUAAUCUGUCCUUACACAUAUAUACGUUUAUUUUACAACGACUGUUAGCUUAUGUCAGAUAUUAUUGCAUCGCUUUGUAUGGUACAAAGUAAGAUUUUGGAGUUUGCGUAAAAUAUUUUCAAACAAAAGUUUUCGCUCCUUUAAAGUAUCGUUUGUCUGAGAUAAAGGAUUGUCCAUUCUUCCCCUAGGAACAAAAAGUUCUCCUCAAAUAUGCUCUUAACAACUCUUCCUGACUUUCCAAUGACCACAAAUAAUGACAGCGGCACACAACAAUGGGAAAGGCAUUCCCAGCCAGCCGUUUCAAUGCGACAUGCUCAUAAGUCGUACGGGAAGAAGAAGAAAGCAAUUCACGUUUUAAAUAACUUGGAUAUGACCGUAGCAAAAGGGACAAUUUACGGCCUACUGGGUGCAUCUGGUUGUGGAAAGACUACUCUGCUGUCGUGCAUUGUUGGACGGCGACGUUUGGAAGCGGGAGAAAUUUUUGUGUUGGGGGGUAAGCCGGGUAGCCGGCAAUCUGGUGUACCGGGCAAAAGGGUGGGUUAUAUGCCGCAAGAAAUUGCCUUGUAUGAGGAGUUUACCAUUAGAGAGACUAUGCUAUACUUCGGUUGGAUUUUCGCUAUGAGCACAAGAGAAAUCGAGGAACGUCUACAAUUUUUGCUGAAUUUUUUGGACCUACCCUCUUCAAAACGUCUAGUGAAAAAUCUUAGUGGUGGCCAACAGAGGCGUGUAUCGUUCGCUGUUGCCCUCUUGCAUGAUCCGGAGUUGUUGAUUUUAGAUGAGCCUACGGUGGGAGUGGAUCCUUUGCUGAGGCAAAGUAUAUGGAACCAUCUAGUACAUAUAACAAAAUCAGGUCAAAAAACAGUUAUAAUCACAACACACUACAUCGAAGAAGCACGGCAAGCGCACACGAUUGGGUUGAUGCGUUCAGGUCGGUUAUUAGCUGAGGAUUCUCCUAGCGCUUUAUUGUCCGCUUAUAAGUGUAAUAGCCUCGAGGAGGUAUUUCUCAAGCUAUCGCGUCUACAGUCUAACAAAAUUAUAAUGGCUCAAGUACAGUUCAAUAAUAAUAUUUCAUUUCAUGCCUUGGGUUUCGGCAGUAAAAUUGAUACACCUAGUUCCAGUCGAGAAGAAGGAGUGGUCGGACUCAAUUUCCAAAGUAAAGAGAAUCUUAUUGAAUCUACUGGAUCUGUGUUUACGUUAAUGCAAGAACCUUACGACCCGCCUCCGCCAAGCAAGCGUCCCAAAGAAGAGAGGAAUGUGGAAGAAUGGUAUCAAAGAGUUAGCAAAUUGACAUCGUCGGGUAAAAUCAGGGCGCUCAUAACCAAAAAUUUGUUACGCAUGUGGCGUAAUGUAGGCGUAAUACUUUUCAUAUUUGUUUUGCCCGUCAUCCAGGUAAUAUUGUUCUGUUUAGCCAUUGGCCGCGAUCCGACAAAUUUAAACUUGGCCAUUGUUAAUGGAGAAAUGAACGAUACGGAAACUUGUCAAUGGAAUGAUGGCUGUCACUUCACCAACCUGGGUUGCCGAUAUUUAAGUCAUCUGAAUAAGACUGUAAUCAAAAACUUUUAUGCGGAUGUGGAAGAAGCGAAAGAUGCAGUACGAAAAGGGAAUGCUUGGGGUGCUAUCUAUAUAACAGACAAUUUUACUGAUGCUUUUACCGCGAGGGCAGCCUUAGGUCGCGACGCUGACGAGGAGACUAUAGAUCAAUCUGAAAUUAAAGUUUGGCUAGACAUGUCGAAUCAACAAGUCGGUGUUAUGCUAAAUCGUGACAUACAAUUUGCAUUCCGCGAUUUUGCAAUGAUUCUCCUCGAGCAAUGCGGUAACAAUCCUAAAUUGGGCGACUUGCCGAUACAGUUUAAAGAGCCCAUUUAUGGUACUAUGGAACCUAGAUUUACCGACUUUGUAGCGCCGGGUGUCAUAAUAACUAUCGUCUUCUUUUUGGCUGUCGCAUUGACGUCGUCUGCUUUAAUCAUUGAACGCACUGAGGGACUGUUCGAUCGUUCAUGGGUAGCCGGUGUAACACCCGGUGAAAUUUUAUUCUCCCAUAUCGUGACUCAAUUCAUUGUGAUGUGCGGCCAAACGGCGUUGGUGCUAAUAUUUAUGUUAUGCGUUUUCGGUGUUGAAAACAAAGGCAAUCUCGCCUGGGUCAUCUUAUUAACAUUGCUGCAGGGCUUGUGUGGAAUGUGUUUUGGUUUUUUCAUAUCAUCUGUUUGUGAUUUGGAACGGACUGCCAUCCAAUUGGCACUAGGAUCAUUUUAUCCUACGCUUCUCUUGUCGGGUGUCAUAUGGCCCAUUGAGGGUAUGCCCCUGGUAUUAAGAUAUAUAUCUUAUUGUUUACCUUUAACUCUUGCGACGUCAUCACUACGUUCGAUACUGACGCGUGGAUGGGGUGUGAUGGCAACGCAAGUUUAUAUGGGCUUUUUAAGUACUCUAGCAUGGAUUUUGGGUUUCCUUAUAAUGACCUUAGUGGCAAUGCGUUCUCGACAAGGUUAAGGAGUUCAUAAUCUCCCUCCUGAAUUAACAUAUAUUCCAAUUAGAAAUAUAAUUCCUGCAAGAGAAGAGAAUGCCUUCAGAUACUGAGUGCACACACAAAUCUUUUUAAUUUAGUGUAAGUAGCUUAAGUUAAGAAGUCAAAUUUUCAUUUUCAGAUGAUGUAAAAAAUACUUAUGUAUAUAGAAAAAGGUGCCUUGUACUUACAUUCUAUUGUAAUUAAUUUCCUCUCAUAUUAUAAUUGCUUGCCCAAUCGUCUUGGGUAUCUUUUUUUUUUGUCUUUUUUUGCCUUUGAAUAUCACAUCGCGCCCAAUGCGUCACUUACCUUUACACUAAUUCCGUAAAUUUUUUCUAUUUUGCAUUUCUAAAUGUUUUCCUAAAAUGCGAGAGAGAGAAGGGUCUCAAAUUUAUCCACUAUCUUGUCGGCUUACUAGACUGUGAUUAAUUUGAUUUCUUUCUUUUUAUCCUUUUCCUUCCGGUUUUAGUUGUUAAGUUUCUCUAAACCUUUGAUAUAAAUGUUUCUUAUUAUAAGUAUUUUAGCAAUAAUUAUUUGUACGGGGGAUUCAUUAGCGUAAUACGUCGUGUGAUUUUUUAUAACUUUGCGAAAAUUGAUUUUCUAUCUUUAGAGCGUAUCUUUAAAUUGUCAUUAAUUCAUUAUGGAUAUUGUGUACAUAUUUUUACUAUGAGUAGUGUACUCAUACUUUUGUUUUCCAAAUAAAAUCGAUUAAAAAAUGCAUUGUGUCAA